CCGCGGAGGGAGACGCCAUUGCGGGUUGUUUGUGCAGGCGGCGGAGGGAGGCGGUGGCGCUGAGGCACGGACUCUUUUCUUCGCGGCGAUCAUGUCCACCCCGGCGCGGCGCAGGCUGAUGCGCGACUUCAAGAGGUUGCAGGAAGACCCUCCUGUGGGUGUCAGUGGUGCACCAUCUGAGAAUAAUAUCAUGCAGUGGAAUGCAGUUAUAUUUGGGCCAGAGGGAACACCUUUUGAAGAUGGUACCUUUAAACUAGUCAUAGAAUUUUCAGAAGAAUAUCCAAAUAAGCCUCCAACUGUUAGGUUUUUGUCAAAAAUGUUCCAUCCAAAUGUCUAUGCAGAUGGCAGCAUAUGCUUAGAUAUCCUGCAGAACCGCUGGAGCCCAACAUACGACGUCUCCUCUAUUUUAACUUCAAUCCAGUCACUGCUAGAUGAACCUAAUCCCAACAGCCCAGCGAACAGCCAGGCAGCACAGCUCUACCAGGAGAACAAGCGAGAGUAUGAGAAGAGAGUGUCAGCCAUCGUGGAGCAGAGCUGGAACGACUCCUAACAGCUGCCAUGGUCCUCGCUCCCCGUGUCCGACCUCCCCCCUGUAGAGAGGCUGCCAAGGAGUUCCAGUGCCACAGGCCUAAGAAUUUGCAGAAGCAAACAGCCGUUGCAAACCAAAUCCAGCCCAGUCUAGGAAACUGCAAAGCUCGUGUGUCUUGGUUAACAUCCUUCUGAUUGCAUGGUAUGAACUAAGUUAUUGCUCCCUGGGUUUGUAAGAUAUCCUGUUUGUAUUUUUGUUUCCCAAUGUCUGAUGUUGGUGUGGAGGUCUCCUGAUGGGACAGACACGUUUUGUAAAUCUGUACUUUUUCAGAUAUCGAAUGCCUUAUUUUUGAAUUCUUUAGAUUUUUAAAUUGGAGGAAAAGCACUUAAAAGUUUUUAUAUAUAAAUAUUUCCUGUACAAGUGUUAAAUACAUAGCCUGAGCGCAAGACACCCUGCUCUCACCCUCGUCCAAGGGCUCCUUUUCCGUCUGUCUGUCCUCUUGGUACGUUGUACCAUGUGCUUCACCAAGUCUUCACUGGACAUCUGCGCUUCACCAGAGCUUCACAUCAGCCUGUGUGUCCUCACUUGUAUGAGGAAGAGGAGUAUUGGUAGCUGCCAGCUCACAAAUGGGAAAACCAUGUAACUUCUGCUUCCUGUCCCGCUUAGAGCAGCAGCAGCAGAGUGGCAAGGGGAUCUGGCUGAGGGCCAGGCACCGUCAGCACCUAUUGUAGUGACUUUUCAGGGAGAUUCUGGUUUACCAAGCUGUGAAAUGCCAUCUGAACCUGUCCUGUAUUCACUUGCUGAUGCUGUAAGACAGCUUCUGAUCAUUAAAGAGGUGUCCCGUUAGUUUCCCUUGGGGGUAAGGGAAGGCCUUGAGCACCAAGAGAAGGAGCCGUGCAGAGUGAAUGGAGUUACUGUAACAUUUGGCUGUGGACCAUGGGGUCAGGUCUGUAUGACAGAGGCUCCACAUCCGCAUAACCUGCUGGGCUUAAAGACGUUUGGGGUUGUAAAUGUUAAUGUGGUCAUUUCUUGCUUGUGUUCUGUAAACCAAGCUUGAUGGCUACAGUAAAGAUCAAGUCCUCUUUUUCUCCCAGCAGUACAA